CAACCAGCGCGGAAUCCGCUCGCGUUGCGAGGCCGGCGUGCCUGCCCCUGCCUACGCCAGGCGCCGCAACAGCAGCAGCAGCAGCAGCAGCAACCGCUUGCGCGGGCCGGCGCAGACGCAACAGACGCGUUGUUUUGAUCGCUCGUCUGCUCUCGUUUCGUGUCGCGCGCUGAUCUAAGCCUUGUUGCUUGGCGAGCCACGCGUAGUGUUAACACCGGAGCUCGACGAUCCUCUCGGGACACGACAGUGUGUGUUGCUUCGUCGCCAGUUGUCACUUGUGGCCACAUUUCCUGUAUCGCCAGUACUUCUCACUGAAGCCUUCCAGCGGUGUUGCCAACGUAGCAGCCGAAUUGUCGGAAGUGCCAUAGUUUCGGAUUUCUACCACAUCCUGGCGAGUGGGCGUCAGUGCAGUUUCUUGAUAGGCGCCUGUUUAAGUUUUAUCCGGUCCUGAUCGCGCGUUUCGUGGGUGUACCUUUUCUAUAAUUAAGACCAUCUUUGACUCACCUUCGAAAUUGUCCGUUACCUGGUAUUGAAGUGAAAGCUCCAUCGACACACAGAAAAGACCAUGGCUACCUCUAAAGAACGGGAGCUGGCAAUGGGGACGGAGAUACCACCACUUUACCCAGAAAUGCCGCCGCCGUAUCCAGACUUGAAGGAAACGCCGCCGCCGUAUGUUCAGUAUGUGCCUACGGGACCAUCGGUUAAUAGGUUCGGUGGUUUGAACCCUGCGUCAUCAGUAGUGCUGCAGGAAGGAUCACCACAGAAAACACCCCGACUGACGAAAAGGACGAUUGUGAAAUCUGCUGUGUUCGCGUCGCUUUUUGUUGCGAUUGCAGUUGUCGCUAUAUUGCUUCUUCUGCGACUUGUUAAGGAGAAAGAAUACGCAGUGCCUCCUGUAGUGGCCAACCUGAGCCUGGUAGCAGUGGCGGGUGACUCGUUCACCGCGACGUGGGAGCGACCAGUGGGCCGCUUCGACUACUACUGGGUCGAGGUGAUCGACGAUGGUAGCGGUGCAGCUGCUGGUGGGGUCGCAACACCACACCGUGUCGGAUCGUGCAGCAACGGCACCAUCAUACAUCCGGACCAGACGCAGGUCACAUGUGGACACAUCGAUGCCUGCUCCAACGUGAGCCUGAACGUGCGUACUCACGUCACUGGUCCACCGGAACGCACUUCACCAGCGGUCGUCCUGCAGGGCAUCUUCAUCCCAGGAAAAGAUCCGGAUCCGCCGAAGAACAUCACCGUGGCUCCUGAAUCGCCUUCACAGAGCCGCAUUUCGUGGGAUCCGCCAACUACUUACACGGGCGUGCUCGACAAAUACGCAGUGAAAGUGUGCUACACGUUCGAUUCCUGCGACGUUGGAGCCGAUGUCUCCACCUGCCGGGAGUUUAACACAGCUGAUACUUCCCUACACUUCGAGAGCACCGUGGACACGCCCUACUGCGUCCUUGUCACGACUACCACCCGCUGCGGCAGCGACACCCUGAGAAGUUCGCCAGAGGCUGCCGAAAUUCGCACGCCGUCUUUCGCACCAGGAGACUUCAUGAUCUCUGCCACUGCCACCGGACCCACGACUGUGGAAAUCGAGGUGCUUGCGCCUGAAGUCAAGAACGGCGCCUUGGACAAAUGUUAUGGCACGAUGCGCGGCCCAGGAAGUGAAAGAAACUUUAUUUGCAACGAAUACGGCGACAAAUCUUCCACGAUUACUCUUUAUGGACUGGUACCCGGAACUGAGUACAACUGCACCGUCACCUUUGCAAACAUCUACGACGGCCGGGAGAUGGCCACACGAAAAUCGAUCUCUGUCAGAACUCCCUACGAACCGGUAGAGCGCGACUGGAACCAAGACACUUUGGAGCCGCUGUCGCAUGAUCGACCCUACAUGGCCGCCGGCGUGGCUUUACUCCCGGUGCCUGCAGUGCUCUUUGCCUGUGUAGCAGCUUUUCUACCGCUGUGGGAGCUACAGUUACAGCGCCACUGAACGCGCAUCCGAACAUAAUAGGCUGACGCGUACAUGACGAGAAUACAUUGUCAUUCAGGCUACGCAUCGCUGAGUGCGCAGGAUGUCUUAAAAGUGAUGCUAGCUACAAAGCUUAGGGUGACGAAGGUAUCUUGUGAAAGAAUGUGGCACCACUGCGUUAGCGAUUUCAUUGUAAAUAGGAGCAGGCACCACUUCUUAUUGUGGACAAGUACAAUGGUGAUAUAAUACGCUGCCAAAGACAAAAAUAUAAUCGACAUCAGUGACGCGAUGCCGCAACAAUGGGAGGAUCAAGAAACCCAGAAAACCUCGACCUUGUUCAGGGGUGUCGGGUCACUGGCGUGAUCUCCUUACGUUCUCGUUUGUUUUCUUCGAUAUGUUGAUUUUUCUUCCGACUUUAUAACUACUUUGACGGCUCUCAUUUCUUGUUCACACGACACCCUUCGGUUUUCAUACAUGGAAGUAACUGAAGAUUGCACAGCCUUCUGCAAUCUUCCGUCGAAGCAGGUUUCAAAAUUCAAAAGGAAAGACAAAUAGCGUCACAACUUUUAUAUUUCUUUUGUUGGAGCCCAUUUCUAUUUCGUUUAAGGGUGUGUUCAUUCUGAAAGAGUAUUAAAUCUCUGCAGCUCGCCGACUCUCUGCUGGUAAUUUCGGCGGGGCUGUACUGUAUGACUUUUCUUGAGGUUUCCUCCUGAGAAGAAUGAAUUGACCUUGCACAAUGUAUCUGUCACUAUUAAUUGGCUACAGAGCAUGUUAAGUGAUACAUCCAUAGCCGAUGUUGACAGAUAACACAUAGGAGUGUCACUUUUGGAGUCAUAUUUGGUUUAGGUCUUUCUACUGUGACAACCAAUUUUUUUUUCUGUACGCCUCUAGGCGCUGCCCAGAUGUACAACUUCUAUUAUGUGAAACUUAUUGUGGUGAAUGACAAAUAUAUAUUCCCAAAAUUUGUGUACUUAUCCCUUUCCACAUUCAUUGAAGUGCGAUAGGAACAAUUGGUGCCUCUAACUUCAAGGAAUUGUGCUUUUUGGACACAUACUUUCUAGGCGCUGAAUAAACAUGGCAAAAAUUGCGUCAAUGACGUCAUAUUAACCGAGGGCACUUUUGUUAGGGUCCAAUCUACCUUCUUUUCUAUUUCACCAAUGACUGAUGGGAGAGUGUGUUGUGAAUGUUUAAUAAAAAUGAUUUUUUU